CCUAACUGCAGCUCAGUUUUCCCUUGACCAGCGGAAGUGAAAGCAUCAGAUGAAACAGCAGCCGGCUUUCUGAAAGGGUGGAGCACUGACAAGACCGUCCUGAAAGGACUGCACAUCUACAAAUUCCCAAAGGUCUAGAUGAGCAAAACCACCCUCUGAGCUACCAGAGACUGACCGGAAAGAGAACAGCAGAAAAGCAUCUUGUCUAAGCAAUGAUGGAGCCAGGAGUGAGGAGAGCUGUUCAGCAUAUAAGGCAAGUGCUGCUUUAUUUUAUUUUCCUGGAAGGGUCUUUGGCUCUUUCCGAGACCUGGAGCUAUUCUGUGGCAGAAGAAAUGGAGACUGGCUCCUCUAUAGCCAAUAUAAUUAAAGAUAUGGGUGUGGGAGACCUGGCUGCACGGGGAGCCAGAGUUAUAUUUGAUGAUUAUCAGCCUUAUUUGUGGUUAGAACCUGAGACCGGAAACUUGCUCUUGAAUAAAAAACUGGACAGGGAGGCACUCUGUGGUACCAGUGAACCCUGUAUAUUGCAUUUCCAGGUGUUAGUGGAAAAUCCUUUGCAAUUUUUUCAGGCUGAGCUCUUGGUUGAAGACAUAAAUGACCAUACUCCCAUGUUCCUAGAGAAACUCAUAUUUCUAAAUAUUUCAGAAGGGGCUAGUCCAGGAAGCUCAUUCCAAAUGGCUAGUGCUCAGGACUUAGAUGUAGGAAUGAAUGGUGUCCAAAACUAUACAAUAAGCCCCAACCCCUAUUUCUACCUUACGUUAAAAGACAGUGGUAAGGGAAGAAAAUACCCAGAGUUGGUACUGGAUGGCUCUCUGGACAGAGAAAAGGAGCCUUCAAUUAGUUUAAUACUAACAGCCCUGGAUGGUGGGUCCCUGCCCAGGUCAGCGACGGCACUGAUUCAAGUUGUGGUUGUAGAUGUUAAUGACAAUGCCCCUGAGUUUGAAAGAAUGCUGUAUGAGGUUCAAGUACCAGAGAACAGCCCUGUGGACUCACUGGUAACCAAGGUGUCGGCUACAGAUUUGGACACAGGGGUAAAUGGAGAAAUAUCUUAUUCAUUUUCUCAUGUCUCUAAAGAUGUAUGGAAAACAUUCAAAAUUCAUCCAGUUUCUGGUGAAGUCCAUUUGAAAGCACCCCUAGAUUUUGAGGUAAUUCAGUCUUAUACAAUAAAUGUUCAAGCUGUUGACGGUGGGAGUCUCUCUGGAAAAUCAGUCAUUAUUGUUCAAGUUAUAGACGUGAAUGACAACCCGCCAGAAAUAGUCUUUACGUCUCUUAUGAGCCCCAUUCCCGAAAACUGCCUGUCAGAAAUGGUGGUCGCUGUUUUCAGUGUGAGAGACCAAGACUCGGAAGACAAUGGCCGAAUGUUGUGCUCAAUUCAAGACAAUCUUCCUUUUCUCUUGAAACCUACUUUCAAAAAUUUCUACACUCUAGUAACAGAAAAUACACUGGACAGAGAGAGCAGAGCUGAGUACAACGUCACCAUCACAGUCACUGACAUGGGCACACCCAGGCUCACAACCCAGCACACCAUAACAGUGCAGGUGUCUGAUGUCAACGACAACUCCCCCUCCUUCAAUCAAAGCUCCUACACCCUGUUUGUCCACGAGAACAACAGCCCCGCCCUGCACAUAGGCACCAUCAGCGCCACAGACUCAGACUCAGGCUCCAAUGCCCACAUCACCUACUCGCUGCUGCCCACCCAAGACCCGCAGCUGGACCUCUCCUCACUCAUCUCCAUCAAUGCCAACAGCGGACAGCUGUUCACACUCAGGGCGCUGGACUACGAGACCCUGCAGACCUUCGAGUUCUGCGUGGGGGCCACAGACCAAGGCUCGCCCGCACUCAGUAGCCAGGCACUGGUGCGCGUGCAGUAGGUGUUGGACACCAACGACAAUGCACCCUUUGUGCUCUACCCGCUGCAGAACGCCUCUGCGCCCUUCACAGAACUGCUGCCCAGGGCGGCAGAGUCUGGCUACCUGGUCACCAAGGUGGCGGCAGUGGACAGAGACUCUGGACAGAACGCCUGGCUGUCGUUCCAGCUGCUCAAGGCCACGGAGCCAGGGCUGUUCAGCGUGUGGGCUCACAAUGGCGAGGUGCGCACCUCCAGGCUGCUGAGUGAGCGCGAUGCGCCCAAGCACAGGCUGCUGCUGCUGGUCAAGGACAAUGGCGAUCCUCCAAGGUCUGCCAGUGUCACUCUGCUUGUGCUGCUGGUGGAUAGCUUCUCUCAGCCCUACCUGCCUCUGCCUGAGGUGGCGCUCGACUCCACGCAGAACGAUGACGACUUGCUUACGCUCUACCUGGUUAUUGCCUUGGCGUCUGUGUCUUCGCUUUUCCUUUUGUCUGUGCUGCUGUUCAUUGGAAUGAGGCUGUGCAGGAGGGCCCGGGCGGCUUCUCUGGGUGGUUGCUCUGUGCCUGAGAGACACUUUCCUAGACACCUGGUGGACGUGAGCGGAGCGGGUACCUUGUCCCAGAGCUACCAGUAUGAGGUGUGUCUGACUGGAGUGUCAGAUACCAAAGAUUUUCAAUUCCUAAAAUCUGUGUCUCCCAACCAUGAGGUUGUGAAUUUCAUGGAAGAGAACUCUACUUCUGUGAAUGGUUUUGGAUACAAUUAAGAAUCCAUUGCAGAUGGUUUCGGAUGAGCGUUCACUCUUUCUAAACAUUCUUGUUUCCCACUGUUUUAUCUUCAUAAGGAAUUUCUAGCUCCUUGCAUACUGUUACAGGUUAGUCUGUUUUACAAAAUCACUUUUGGUAAAGACAGAGAACUUUGUUCAUUCCUGAGUCAGUGUUUCUUCAACUUGUCAGAUUGUCAACAUGAAUCAUUAUUGAUUUGAAAAUGCUCACUUUCAUUUUAUUGACUGUUGUCCAGAAACAUUCUCGAACUUUUGAAAUGCGAUAAAGAUGUCAUGAAUUAUCAGUGUAUUUUCUGCCCAACAUUAUGCUUUCCUAUCUCAAAUAGAGUAUCUGAACAUGCAUGAUUUUGUUGUACAACAGUAUUAAUUGGGAAAGACAAAAUCUCUGAAGUAUCAAGGCUUUUAUUGUCUUCAUAUGAACAUCCAAUAUGUAAUACAUAUAAAUAUUGUUAAAAUGUUUUUAGAUAUCUCAAGACUUGUUAAGUGCCAGAUCCCUCCCGUGACAUCUGGCUAGCCCACCUCACGUUUUCUGAAAAUAUCUCUCUUCAGCAUAGGUAUAGGGCCAAAGCUGGAUUUGUUUUGUACAACUGAGGUUCCUCUAUGUUUCAGACAGUUGGACAGAGUGAUGGGCAUUGCUAACCUAAACUGAGCCAGUCUGGUCCUGUUUACUUUUAUAAUCACUUUAGAAACCAAAUGCGUGCUAGUCUUUCUGUUAGGAAUGAAGCAAGAAAGUGAUGUCAUCUUUUGGGGACAUACCAGAAGCCACACCUCUGAGAGAGGAAAAAAAGGAAACAGACAAGUGGUCCUGUGAAAGACAUUCUUGUCAGUAAUCCCCAAUGGGGCUGGGGACAGAAAACUAAGAUGUGCUCUUUUAAUGGACUUUUCUAAUCCAACUGAGAAAUUCUUGUCUAUUAAAUUUGUAUUUUCUUUGAAUUGUGCAUGCUACUAUAACACAUCCAAAAGCUUGGUAAACUAUUACAGAAACAUGAAAAGGGAAUGUGAAGUCUUUGUCAAAAUGGGUAAUUUUGAAGUCAGAAGUGGUGGUAAUCUCAGGAAACUGAGGCAAGUUCUUGAGAUCAGAGCCAGUAAAGACUCUCUUUAGUUAGGGAAAACCACGAUGUUUUUCCUUUAAGAGAAAGAUGGUUUAGACACGCUGUGUUAUUCAAGUGACUACUGAAAGGAUAUAGAGUAGGAAGAUGUUGUCUUGUUCAUUCAGCUUUUUAUAAAAUGAGUUAGGUUCUCAACAAAGUAAGAAGCAUCUACAAUGGGAGAAAAAUCCACACAAUUGUGUGCUUUAUUCCAUGAUGAUUUAAACAUCUUCUCUGUAACAAGAAUUAUUUUAGAUGUUGGGAUGCAGCAGUGAAGCAAACAAUGCUG